GCUCUGUUCAGGUUCGGUUGUUUCACAGUGCCGGCCCACCAGUUCAGGGGAAGGCGGAUACGCCACUUACGAGGGAUUUUACCCUGCGCCUUUGUGAAAGUGAAAAAAAAACAUCACCGCUGAGUAGCGCCAGUGAAUUUGAUCUUGAGCCUGUCGGACAGUCAGUGCAAUCGGAAGAUGCUGCUUUAAUCCAGUUUAAUUUCUGCUGCGGGAUCUUUUCCGAUUCAGUUUGUGAACAAUUGCACCUUUAAUCCAGGGGGGUCCUAACUGGCCAUGGCUCGAACGCGGACGCAGGGAGAAGAUUUCACCUUCGUCAACCCCGUGGUUAAAUAUUUACUCUUUUUGUUUAACAUGCUGUUCUGGAGUAUUGCCAUGGUGAUGAUUGGAAUCGGUUUGUAUGCCAGGGUUAUGAAGCACGCGGAGGCUGCCAUGGCCUGUCUUGCAGUGGACCCUGCCAUCCUCCUCAUCGUGGUUGGUGCACUGAUGUUCCUGAUCACAUUCUGCGGCUGUAUAGGAUCGCUGCGUGAGAACAUCUGCCUCCUUCAGACGUUCUCUAUCUGCCUGACACUGAUUUUUUUGCUACAAUUGGUUGCCGGCGUUCUAGGCUUUGUCUUUUCCGAUAAGGCCCGAUCAAAGGUCAGUGAGAUCAUCGACAGUGCAAUAGUCCACUAUCGAGAUGACCUAGAUCUCCAAAACCUCAUCGACUAUGGACAGAAGGAGUUCAGCUGUUGUGGAGGAAUCUCAUACAAGGACUGGAGCCACAAUAUGUACUUCAACUGCACAGUAGAGAACCCCAGUCGGGAACGCUGCUCCGUCCCCUAUUCUUGCUGCCUGCGCUCUAAGGAGAAAGUGAUCAACACCAUGUGCGGCCAUGGGAUGCAGGACCUGGACUACUUGGCAGCGAAAGAUUACAUCUACACCAAUGGGUGCAUCGACAAGCUAGUCAACUGGAUCCAUAGCAACCUCUUCCUGUUGGGAGGGGUAGCCCUGGGCUUUGCCAUCCCACAGUUGGUUGGAAUUCUUCUCUCCCAGAUCCUCAUCAACCAGAUCAAAGAUCAGAUUGAACUCCAGAAGUACAACAGCCAGCACCGAGCAGACCCAUGGUACUGAUCCUUCCCUGCUCAACAACACCCCUUCUCCACCCAAUCCACAGCUAUUCUCACAUGAGAGGCAGGGCAUUGUUCUCUUGGAGCCAUUUUACAAGCUGCAUACAUGAAGACCAAUUGAAUUCUGAAGUGCGUUAGUUGUUUCCUCAGAAAAGACUGUGGUCGAUAAGGAUGGAUAGAAACCAGUUAACUUUUAGUUUGUUGUACACACUGAUCACAGGAACUCUUUUAAAUUAAUCUCUUAUCUGGGUUAUCAAUGUCACAUUUAACAUUUAUUUGUGUUAUAAAUAUCUACAGUAGGCAUCCUAUAUUAUGACUGUUAUAUUGAACAGCAGCCUGUAUAAAAAACCAAAAGAACUACAGAUGCUGAAAAUCAGAAACAAAAACAGAAAUUGCUGGAAAGUCUCAACUGGUCUGGCAGCAUCUGUUUAGAGUAAUCAGAGUUAACGUUUUGGGUCCAGUGACCCUUCAGAACUCCAGCAUCCUGUACACAUCAUUGAUACUGGUCAGCUCGCUCAUCCUUUUUUCAUUGUGAUCUUGCACUUGCCUUUUAAGGGAUUUAUUCGUCUGUUUCUGGGUAGCUGUGCUAAUUGGUGUCCAUGUUUGUGGCUAUUUGUGAAAUCUCUGUGCCCCAUCAUGCACUCUUACUCUGCUCCUGUAUGUUACUGUUAAUCUGUCAGUCUUGUGUUGCCGUCUUACUGUUAUCUCUUACACAUUGUCUCUCUCAGAAGGACAAUCUGGGGAGAAUUCAGUGCCUCCCAAACAUCUAGUGGUUAGAAGGCAUUCAAAAUUGUCGAAGUGCUUACUUGGUCAUGAACCUAAAUCUAGCACUAAAAGACAGAAGAUACUUCCUGACUUAUGGUGUUAGUGUAUUGAAAUGGAUGUUACAGUGAUGUGACUUUUCCAAUUGCUUAUGUGUGUGUGUGUGUGUGUGUGUGUGUGUGUGUGUGUGUGUGUGUUUGGGGAGGGUGUUGUGUGGAUAAU